AUGGCAUUGCUGACACCGUCUUUGAUAUCACCCACCACAUCAAAAUUACUAUCUUACUUAUCGUUUAAUUCCUCGACUAAUAACAGCAAAACGCAUGCCCAAUCUGCCUCCUCAAAAUCGCCCGAUAUCCCAACUUACAUUACCAUUGUGAUGCGAAAAGAUGGCACGCCAACAACCAAAUGUCUGAACCCUACUAAUAGCAAUCAGCCACCCAUCUUAUCUCGGCCUAGCUCUCUACUAACUCGUAGACGGCGAUCUUCAUUUUCGUCUUCUCAAUGUCUAUCAUCUCCACCCAAGCAGCGUCGGCUCAUGAUAUCCUCACUUAUACCCCGUUUUAAUGUGUCUCCCCGAAGAACGAGCAGUAAUAACAGCAUCAGUACUUACAACAGUAUGAACAGCAUCUCAGUAGGUGAUCAAAUAACAAUGGCAACUGCUGAUUUGUUAUUGGCGUCACAACCUCGCUUUCUGAAUCUACCUUCUGAGCUCAAUAUUAAGAUUUUACUGCUAUUAGACUGCAAGAGUCUGCUAAAUCUAGCACAAACAUGCAAGCAGCUAUUUCAAAUGUGUCAUAGCAACCAUCAUUAUCUAUGGCAAACGCUAUUUCAUGCUGAUCAUGUACCGAACAUUACAAAGCCCGUGACACUGCCAUAUUACGAUUUGUACAAGAAUCACCAUGAAUUGAACAAGCGAUGGAAGAAGGGUCAUGUCAACACACGAUAUCUCACAGGGCAUGAGGAUAGCGUCUACUGCUUGGUAUGGGUGGGUCUAAAUUUGGUCGUCAGUGGUAGCAGAGAUCGCUCUAUCAAGCUGUGGAAUCUAUCGAACCAGCAAAAUGCCUUGGUGUUGACGAAAACGAACCAUGAUGGAAGCGUAUUGUGCUUGCGUGCAUCGAGCGACAUGACCUGGAUGGUGUCUGGUUCCUCUGAUUCGACUUGUCUGAUUUGGUCAUUACCGGAUUUUGAGCCGCAGAAUAGAAUGAUUGGACAUGGUGGAGGUGUUUUAGAUGUAUGCCUUGUGGGUGAUAUGAUUGUGAGCUCAUCACGAGAUGCUACAAUACGGGUAUGGGACAGACAUCGAGGAACAGAAUUGAAGAGGCUUGUUGGCCAUGCCGGGCCAGUGAAUGCAUUGGGAUCUCAUGGCAGUCUUGUGGUAUCUGCGUCUGGCGACACGACAUUGAAAUUAUGGGACAUUGAAACUGGCAACUGCUUAAAGACAUUUACUGGGCAUACAAGAGGAUUAGCAUGUGUUCGGUUCGAUGGCAACCUCAUCUACAGCGGCGGACAAGAUAAUAAGCUCAAAGUGUGGGAUGUUGCAUCUGGAAAAUGUAUAUCGACCUUGACUGGACACUCUGACCUGAUUCGAACAAUUGACAGUUUUCAAAACAUUGUUGUUAGUGGUAGCUACGAUAGGACACUCAGAGUAUGGGAUAUAAAGCAAAACAAAUGUCUGCUCAGCUUUCAAAGUGGACACUCGAGCUGGAUAUUCAACUGUCUCAGCAAUCGCACCAAAAUUAUUAGUGCUGGGCAAGACAAAAGGAUAAUGGUGCUAGAUUUUGGCCAUAAUUUAGUCACCAUGGAUUCUUAG